AUGCGCCACGUCAGCUCUGGCAGGAGCAGGCGACCAAUAGCGGAGCUGGCUCAUCUGCUCCUCUUCAUAGCGCUGGAGGUGCUCCAUCUGCGGUUCAGUGCGGUGCAAAGAGGCUCCCAUGCGCUCCUCCUUUCCUCAUACCCCCUCCUUCCUCCUUCUUUCUCCAUGCCUUCCCCAUGCCCUCUCCAACCCCUCUCCGCCCGCCAGCUGGCAGCUCGCUUCGCGGCGGGCGACCUGCCAUUCACAGCGCUGUAUUCGUCGGACCUCAGGCGGGCGGCAGAGACGGCGGAGGCGGUGGCAGAGGCGGUGGGCAUGGGGGGAGAGCAGGUGGUGCGGCUGCAGGGGCUCAGGGAGCGCAACUUGGGGGUUCUAGAGGGCCUCGUUCGGGAGGAAGCUUCUCGGAAUGGUUUGCUUGCGCUCUUGUUUCUGACUCUGUCUGACUCGUGUGAACACAAGGGAGGGGGAGAGAGCUUGGAGGCCAUGUAUGGGAGGGUGACAACAACCGUCAAUCGCAUUGCCAAGGAGCACCUCGGCCAAAGGGUGCUCCUGGUGACUCACGGUGGAGUGUGCAAUUGCAUUCAAAUGAAGGCAUCAGGAAACAGGCAUGCAAAGAAAGUGUACAACACAUCGAUUGGCAUUGUUAGAAUAACACCUCCAGACAAGUGGACCAUCUUACGGUGGGCCGAUAUUGAACACCUCAAAGCUGUAGACUAUGAUAAGCAGGCUUUUGGAGGUGGGGCUGAUUCUGGCUAA